AUGAGAACCAGUCCGAGGUCUCGUGUUAAGCAGGAAUCCGGGGUUGGAAAGGCUUCAUUGAUGGAUUACCCCGGUCAGGACUCACCCAUAUCAGACUUCACGCCUUCAAGGGCCAAUGCCACGCUGAGACGGAUCUCCGCAUCGGCUUUUGCAGAGUCGACGACACCAACCCCAUCAAGUCGGAUCUCAUCAGAGGCAAUAUCUGAAAUUGCACCGGAGAUUGUCGUCUGGACAGAAGACAUGGAGUUGGAUGACCUAAGCCAGGAUGAGGCAGAGUUGUCCUCUGUACCUGCAUCCAGCCCUGGUUCGCCGCUGAUAGAAGACGCCGAAACGGAAACCCUCCAUAUCCAGUCGCACGAUACCCCUCACGAAUCGUUCGAGUCGCCGAUGACCAAUCUGUCAGAUCACGAGCUGUCUGAGCUGUCUUCAGUGCCCUCGUCGGUAUCUAGUAAGGCAACGACUCCUGUGGAUCUAGAGGGGCAUAAAGAACUAUCCAUGCCAUCGACGGAAACCCCUCCAAUACGCGAGGCAGUCCGGCGUUCCUUUGAUGUAAAGCCGAAGUCGUCCAUCCCGUCAAAUCUCUCAAAUUAUGAAUACGCCAGACAAUGCAUAGAAGCUGCCGAGUCCUCAAGGCUAAACCCAUACGCACUGCAUCAAGAGGAAUACCAGAUGUUACGCCAGCACAUCAGUCAUGUCCAGGUCACUACAUAUCUCAACAUCAGAAACGGCAUCCUCCGACUUUGGUACAACAACCCGCGCGUUGCAGUGGCAAGGAACGAAGCGGUUGGCUGCGCCAACGUGCGGUGGUUUGACGUCGCUAGCGUAUGUUACGACUGGCUAGUGCGGCGUGGCUACAUCAACUUUGGCUGUGUAGAACUCUCGGCGACAAGCGACCGAGCUGGACAGGCUGCAGACGCUGAAAACUCAAUCAGGAGAAAAAGAAUCGUGGUCAUUGGUGCCGGUAUGUCUGGAUUGGGCUGCGCAAGACACCUCGACGGGUUAAUACAGCAAUAUUCGGAUCGGUUUCGUGCGCUCGACGAACUCCCACCGGAAGUUGUCGUGCUUGAAGGGCGUAGUCGGGUCGGCGGAAGAGUCUAUUCAAGGGAAUUCAAAUCAAACCCGAAGCAUCCGCUGCCGGACUUUGACGGAGAACGGCUUACCGCCGAGAUGGGCGGGAUGAUCAUCACAGGCUUCGAGCGCGGCAAUCCAAUGAACGUCCUCGUUCGUGCACAGUUGUGUCUACCAUACCGUGCCCUGCGAUCAGAGACGACCAUUUACGACUCAAACGGCAAGCCUGUUGACUACGUGAGAGAUCAACUCGUUGAAAAUUUGUACAACGACUGCCUGGACCGGGUCAGCGAAUAUAAGUUCAAGUCACAGCCCUCGAAGCUGAUCGAGGGCAACCGAGACCUGAUCAAUGAAGCGCGAGAUGCUGUGAGUGACGGUCACAGAACAAUCGGCCAGGCUGAAGAAGCGACUGCCGCUCUACCACAUGCACCACCUGUUUCUCAACAGAACGUGCCCGAGCGAGUCAACUUGGUGCCAGUAUCCUCCGACAAGCUGACCGGACGCGUCCAUACCCAACCUGGCACACCGGGCAUUCUCAAGGCCUCAGAAAAGGUCAAAUUGAUGGGGUGGACACUGAAAAAUGGCUCGGCGAGCGACGCCAACAUUGAUUUGAAUGAAGCCGUGGGUUUGCCGGCGGCUACGCUCGGCUCAGUAAUGGACGAGGCCGUCCUUCAGUAUCGCAACAUUGUGGAUUUGACUGCCCAAGACCAUCGGCUAAUCAACUGGCACGUGGCAAACUUGGAAUACAGCAACGCCACAAAUCUUCACAACCUCAGCUUAGGUGGCUGGGACAUUGACGCAGGCAACGAAUGGGAAGGCAAGCACACAAUGAUCGUUGGCGGAUACCAGAGCGUCCCCAGAGGUCUCAUGCACUGCCCAACGCCUCUCGACGUUCGGCCAAGGUCUGCCGUCAGAAAGAUCGAGUAUGACACGCAGGAGACUGGGCGAGCUUCUGUUCACUGUGAAGACGGAUCGAUAUUCGAUGCAGACUAUGUUGUCUCGACGAUACCGCUUGGUGUGUUGAAGCAUGGCAGCGUCGAGUUCGACCCGCCUUUGCCAGAGUGGAAGACGGAUGUGAUCACUCGUAUAGGAUAUGGAGUGCUCAACAAAGUGGUGCUGGUUUACGACCACCCGUUCUGGGAUACUGAGCGGCACAUCUUUGGCGUUCUGCGAGAUGCCCCUAACCGACAUAGUCUGAACCAAAGCGACUAUAAAUCAUCGAGAGGGCGCCUUUUCCAAUGGUUCAACGUCACCCAGACGACGGGUUUGCCAUGUCUCGUGGCGCUAAUGGCGGGUGACGCUGGUUUCGACACGGAGCAUAACAGCAACGACAACCUGAUCGCCGAGGCGACGGAGGUUCUACGCAGCGUCUUCGGACCUGCUGUGCCGUACCCCGUCGAAUCGGUCAUUACCCGUUGGGCCUCGGACAAGUUUGCCAGAGGAAGCUACUCGUCGGCCGGUCCAGACAUGCAGCCUGAUGAUUAUGACGCCAUGUCACGCCCGAUCGGCAACCUCUUCUUCGCCGGAGAGCACACCAUUGGCACCCAUCCAGCCACUGUGCAUGGGGCCUACCUUUCGGGACUCCGUGCAGCAUCAGAGGUCGUCGACUGCAUGCUCGGUCCGAUAGACAUUCCAACACCCUUGGUCCUGCCCAAGGAGGGCGUUUCCAACAAGCGCAAAGAAAUGGAAGGGCCCAAAGAUCCGGAACAAGCUCGCCUGGAAGCCUAUGAGCUCGCCGCUUGGGAGUACAUCAAGUCCAAGAUCGGCGAGAGGCCCCCGCGGCCGGCCAAGCUGACCGCGAAUGCCUACCUCAUCUACAGCAGGACCUUCUUCGAGGUCGCCCGUAAAAAGUGCGAAGAGGAGCGCGCGGGCCGGAAGAGGCCCGCCCCCAAUGAGGUGCGCGUCAUGACGUCUAAGAUGUGGAGGGCCACGACGUCUGAGGAGAAGAAGCCGUUUGAGGACCAGGCGCUGGAGCAGAAGGCAGCUUACGCCGAGGCUGUUGCGGUGUACAACGAAAAGUCGGCGCAGUGGGACAAGGACUACGUUGAGAUUAUGGCGGCGUAUCAGCAGCAGCACCCAUACAACCCCAAGAACGGGAAUGGCAGCAGUUCUCGGAGGGAGAGCAGUGCGCAGAAGCAUCGCAGGACGAAGCAUGUCAGCUAUGCCGAAAGUGACGACAGCGACGUUGGUUUUUGA